GUUUCACUCUUUGUUUCAUUCUGUUUAUAAUCCUAGAAAAAAACACUUAUCCAGUUUUGUUGCUAGUAUCAAUUCCAGGGAAAAAUUGAAAUUCUCUUACAGGCUUUCUAGAGGUUCAAGAAUCUAUUUAUUAAUGUCAACAAGCAGUAUGUUAUGAUAACCAAUUAAUCUAAUUAAAAUGGAUGAUGAUCCAUCGUCAUCAUUUACCCUUACCUGGGAGGAUGACACUGAAGAAGUCCAAACCGAAGAGGAAGUUAUCUCUGCAAUAGAAAAUGAAAUAAUUCCCACACAAUCUGAAGAAUUUCUUGGGGGUGUACCCGGGGACUUCAACCAGGAGGUUGUCGAGCCUGGGGAAUUAGUCGAAGAGGUUGUAGAAGAGGAGGUUAUUCAAGAACCCUCUUCAAGUCAAAAUACUUCGUUAACAGAACAAAAUGAUCCUGGAGUAAUGUAUUUACAAGAUGGCAACGUUUUGGUUAUGCACGAUGGAAACAACGAGGCAAGCUACACUCAAGAACAACUUAUGGAGGUCACUGAGGAAAUUAUUACUGAUCAAUGGGGUGAAAGUUGUCCGGAAGAAAUCAUAAUAGGAUCAGAAGAAGCGGUUGCAGACGGAGGUAUUCAAUGUAUGGCCGAAGAAGAUAUUCCGUUACCUACUGCCCAAGAUGAAUAUACGGCUGCCAGGCCGUAUCCAUGCGAUUUUUGCAGUAGGAGAUUUAGAAAAAAAGCGAACCUCAUGAACCACAUGGUGGCCCACCAGACCGACCGGCCCCACGGUUGUAACCUUUGCGGCCUCCGCUAUAUGAAAAAGUCCGAUUUAAUGAUUCAUCUUAAGAGUCACGCUUAUGUAUCCGAGGCAGACCCAUUAAAUGAUGAUAGUUUAUUGCUGGAGCGCACCUUUGAAAAACCGAAAAGGAAAAUGAAGGGCUUCGGAAAAGGGCGUAAGAAAAAACCGGCCAUUAAGGAGGAGUACGAGAGCAUGUUUACCACAUCGGAAACAGCCACCACCAGCGCUAACUUCGACUAUCAAGACGAAACGCAGGAAUAUAUGGAAAACGACCUGGAUAACCAGGAGUACUUAUCCGCCCAAGAAGACAUAAAAUACCCGGUGAUCGACCCUAAGAAGCCGUUCGUUUGUCAGCAUUGCGGCGUCGGUUUCGCGAGGGAAAAGGCGCUCGCCUCGCAUUCCAGAAUUCACGGGGGAGACAGUCCCUUCGAGUGUCAGAAGUGUGGAGAGAUGUUUUGGGAUAUUUCUCUUAUGCAGGAACAUACGAGAUCGAAACACGGCCCGGAACCGGAAUAUGACGAGGACGAAGACGGCGACUAUUCGGACUCCGGUGACACCCGAUUCGGGACGUUUUAUUGUCCCACCUGCGGUUUGUCCUUUCACCGACAGGACAACCUACGCAGACACCAGCGGAUCCAUAUCAAAGAGGAAUUUGUAAACGAGCAGUUCGGACAUAUUUGUAACGUGUGCGGAGAAUCGUUUCAGGAAGCUUUGGACCUAUUGGCUCACGCUGAAAUUCACGCUCGCGGUACCGAAUACAGAUGCAUGAUUUGCGGCGAACAGUGUCCCGACGAAACGUCUUUGGCUAAUCAUGUUCAAGGUGUCCACAAGAGUUUACCGCCGCACACCUGCGCCCUCUGCGGCCGCACCUGUAAAGACAGUCGGGCGCUGCUAAAACACUCGUGGGACCACUCGAAAGUGAAAUCGUUUGGUUGCACGAAAUGCUCCAAGACGUUUCAUAAUAAGGCCCGAUUGAAACGUCACAUGUUGUCACACAGAAAUAAGGUGGUUCAGUGCGACGUAUGCGGGGAGGAUUUUCCAGACGGUCGCAGUCUGAUGAAUCACAGGCACAGUCACAGCAGCGUCUCCGGCAGACAGUUUCCGUGUAAGGAGUGCGGAAAAACGUUUGGAUCGAGGAGUUCGCAACAGAUUCACGUUCGAAUUCAUACAGGUGAAAGACCGUACGGAUGUCGUUUCUGUUGGAAAGCGUUCGCGGACGGCGGCACCUUACGUAAACACGAACGGAUCCACACCGGCGAGAAACCGUACGCGUGCGCCGUCUGUCCCCGCGCCUUCAACCAAAGAGUGGUACUGCGGGAGCACAUCCGGUCCCACCAUUCCGGUCCGGACCCGAAAUACUCGCAGAGCAUGACGCCCUAUUGUUGCGCGGUCUGUUCCGACAUGUUCGCCACCUCGCAGGAUCUCAUCCUGCACCUGAUCCAUCACUGCGACAUGAACACGGCGAUGAAGAGGCAGCCGCAGGUGGGGCCGCGGAAGUACAAGAGACGCAGGAAGUUGAAGCCGCACGAGUUGGAGAUCAUCACGCAUCACGCGGGGGUCAUGGACGAGUCGGGUUACGGAGGACAGAUGAACCAAGAGGGGGAGGAGGAGGAGGAGGAAGAGGAGGAGGAGGAGGAGGUGGUGGAGCAAGAGUAUGAGGAAACGAUCAUGUGCGAGGAGGAUAAGGAGACCAGGAGGCGGAUGAGGAGUACUUCUGCUCGGACGUCUGUAUCGUCUCCGAAAACGAGUUUUAGCGAAUCAGUGUCGGAAAUGUACAGCGGCCUGACGACGAUGGAGGGUAACGUCGAGUCGUCGUCCUCAUCUUUGACCCAUUUGGGCAAAUCGCCCACGACGACGACGACGAAAAUCAAACUGCAAAAGAAGGGAAAAAGUGACGUGAAUGCCGCGAUCGUUGUACCCUCGCGGCCGAAGAUGAUUCACACGCAAAAGACGCGAGUCGCGGUUGACGACGGCCGGGUCAGGCACAAAACGAAAACUUUUGUCACCAGAACGCAACCGACCGAAAUUAAGUCUUCGACAGGCGAAAGAAUCAGACCGAGAACCAAAAACGUGAAUUAUCACAUUUUAAAUCCGGAAAAAUUUCCGCUCGCUACAUUUCCCACCUCGUCUGACCAACAGACUCAGGAGGCGGUCAACAGUCUGUUGAACGCGACCGCUUUACUAGAAGCCACCCCGCAAGAGGACGCCAAUGGGCAUUUGUACACCGAAGAGGUGAUUGAUCAGGCGCCGGAUGUCGCCGCAGAGCAAAUAGUCGAGAGUCAAACCAUCAGCGAGGAAGUACCGGUUCCUGUGGGUAUUAUUGCCGUAAGAACUCGAAGAAACAGCGGAAAAAAUUCUAAGAACGUUAUUGGGCCAGGUAGUAAAGUUAGGUUAGUAAAAGAAGGCAUGAUUGUCUCCAAACUGAAAAGAAACAGUGAGAGCCAACAGGAGCCCGAAUGUAUUUUGCCAGACGUGCAACAUUCGGAGAUUGUUAUCAAAGAGGAAUAUGUCCAUAGUCAGGUCGAAGAAACCGUUGAGCAUAACGUUAACGAAGAGCAACAUAUCGAACAUCAACAGCAGCAGGCGCAGGAGGAAAUGGAGGAGGAGGAGGCGGAGGAGGGCGAGGCCAAAGAAGGUCUACUCGAGCGACUGAAGGCGGAAAAGUUGGCCCAAUCGGUGGGGAGCGUGAUCAACGUGAAACAGGAGAUCAUGGAUCCGAGCGCCCUCCACGAGCUCGCGGAAAUUUCGAUGCGACACGCGAAGAAUUCGACGAAUUUGUACAAGUGCGAGAUGUGCGACGAAGUUUUCACGGAUAGGGGACAGUUGUUGGUCCACGUUCCCAUUCAUAUCUGAUCAAUCUGAUUCGUCGUAAAAGGACCAUAUAAGAAGGCUCCAAACAGUUAUUUUACUAUAAGUAUUCUAUAUUAUUCGAUUUAUUGGUAAAAAAAAAGUAAUUGUAAGAUUUUUAUUUUAUUAUGUAAUUUUAUUGUUUGUAAAUAUUUCGUAUUUUAUCAUUUGCCGAAUGCUACCUACGAUGAUGCUUUUGAUACAUUUAUGUUUUGUUUGUAAUUAUUUUAGUUACAAAUUAAUGUAUAUAGAGCGAUAGUCUUAAUUAAUGGGUUUAUGUUUCCGCUACCCUUCAUAUUAAAAGAAUUAACA